AUGCUACUGCAAAACACAAUUGCGCCUGGGACUUUACGGAAAAACCGCCCCAACAGCUGUACAGCUAGCAAAAAACGAUUAUCAAACCAAAUUAGCACCCUCCUACCUCCCACAAACUCUCGGUCAGCUUUCCUUACAGCGCUAAAGGGUUGCAUCGAAAACCACGAAUCCUUGCGGAUUGCUGGUUUCCUCCAUCGAAACAUCUCAAUCAAUAAUAUUAUAAUUAACGAAAAUAUUGACAACCUCUCCUGGCCUUACUUUUUAAUUAAUUCGGAUUUCGACGUGCGAGAGCCACGAGCGGGCGCCUCUGGAGCAAAAGGUAAAACCGGCACGCGCGCCUUUAUGGCCAUUGGUGCGCUUCUUGGCAAACAGCAUUCUUUCAUACAUAAUUUGGAAUUAUUCUUUUGGGUCCUAUUUUGGAUAUAUGUCCAUUAUAAUGGACCAAAUACAGGCAAAGUCAUAAGUAAGUUUAACCAGUGGAACUAUAUCAGCAUGGAUUUGUUGGCAAAGGAAAAUAAGGGGCAAGGGUCUUAUAAGAGGGACUUUAUCAAAUUCGCUGAGGAUAACUUUAAACCAUAUUACUAA